AAAGAAAAGUUGAAAAAGUCACACUGAUGUCAAAAGUUUCCGAGUUGCGAUUACUUCCUCUCUUUCUAAUCCUAUUUUUCCUCGAUUUUUUAUUUAUUUUCCAACUAGGAAAUCUAAGAGAAUAAUGGGUUUUUAUAUAAAUUCGCCGAGAAAAACCCUUCAAAACCUCAGGAACUUUGGUUCACGCAACCUCCUCAGAAUCUGAAAACCUUAAAAGAAAAAAAAAACAGAGCGCAAAUGUCUCCUUCUCGCCAUAUCCCGGCGUGCCUUCGUCCCUCCGAUCAUCAUCCGCCGCCGCUUCCGGAACCAUCUCCGCCUCCUCGGGCAAUCUCCGGCGAUCCCAACCUCACCACGUGCCUCUACCAGACGGAUCUAGGCGUCUUCUACAUCACGUGGAGUCGUUCCUUCUUCGGCCAUUCCCUGAAUCUCUUCCUCCAGACCCAAGAUUGCUAUCACCACUCCUCCGCCUCACCUCUCUCUCUCUCUGCCGCCGCCGCUGCCGAUCUCUCCCCCUCCGCCGUCUCCUUCCGCCUCCACGUGAACCCACUUGCCUUCUGGAGAAGACGCGGAUCUAAACGCGUCUCUCAGAAAGUCCAAAUCUUCUGGGAUUUGACCAGGGUCAAGUUCGAUUCCGGACCCGAACCCAGAUCCGGGUUCUACAUCGCGGUAGUCGUCGACGGCGAGAUGGGUCUCUUGGUCGGAGACGCCGUCAGGGAAGCUUACGCUAGGACCAAAGCGGGAAGACCCACGAUUCCUCAGGCUCUGGUUUUGAGGAGAGAACACAUGUUUGGGAACAGAGUGCUGUGUACUAAAGCGAAGAUCGGAGGGAGAAACAGAGAGAUCUCGAUCGAUUGUCGGAUCGACGAAGACGCAAGAUUGUGUUUCGGAGUCGACAGCAAAAGGGUUUUACAGAUCAAGCGACUGAGAUGGAAAUUCAGAGGAAAUGAAAAUAUCGAAGUCGAUGGAGUUCCUGUCCAGGUCUCAUGGGACGUCUACAACUGGCUGUUCGAGAACAAGACCACCGCCACCGUCGACGGUAACGGUAACGGCGGAGGUCAAGCCGUCUUCAUCUUCAGGUUCGAGACCGACCCAGUCGCCGCAGCGGCGGAGUACGAAACGGCGUCGUGUCCGUCGUCGGAGAAGAACGGCAGCGUUUUGUGGCAGCCCAAGCCAUGCGGGUUCAUGGAGCUGAGGAAGAUGAGGAGAAGCUUCCUGAGGAGCACGAGGGCUCGGACAAGGAGCUCGUCUUCAUCUUCCAUGUCGGUGUCGAUGUCUUCGGCUUCGUCGGCGUGUAGCUCCUCCGUGCUCGAGUGGGCGAGCAGCGCCGACGAGGCGGAGUACGGUGAAGGCGGUGGCUCCGGCGGCGGUCUUGGGUUCUCGCUGGUUGUAUACGCAUGGAGGAAGUGAGGCCUCCCACGGCGGAGAAAAGUGAGUUUUUUUUUGGAAAAAAAAAAGGUUCUAUGAAUGGGUCAAUCAAAAUAUUUUUCAUUUAUGUAAAAGCUUCCAAUGAAAUUUACUAACAAAGGAUGACUUGUUCAUGGCAAAGUUGAAGUUAA